AUGGCCGACGGGGAAGACGGCUGCCCGGCGGGGCGGGAGCGGGGGCCGGAGCCGGGGCCGGGGCCGGAGCCGGGAGAAGAGUUCGAGAUCGUAGACCGGAGCCAGCUGCCCGGCCCGGGAGAGCUGCGGAGCGCGGCGAGGCCGCGAGCGGCGGCGGACGGCUGGUCCGCGCCCAUCCUGACCCUGGCGCGCAGGGCCACCGGCACCCUGUCGGCGAGCUGCGGGAGCGCGCUGCGCGCGGCCGCGGGGCUGGGCGGUGCGGACGGCGGCGCCGACGGCGCGGCGCGCGCAGCUUCCAAGUGCCAGAUGAUGGAGGAGCGGGCCAACCUGGUGCACAUGAUGAAGCUCAGCAUCAAGGUCUUGCUGCAGUCGGCCCUGAGUCUGGGCCGCAGCCUGGACGCGGACCAUGCCCCCUUGCAGCAGUUCUUUGUGGUGAUGGAGCACUGUCUCAAACACGGGCUGAAAGUUAAGAAGAGUUUUAUUGGCCAAAACAAAUCUUUCUUUGGUCCUUUGGAGCUGGUGGAGAAACUCUGUCCAGAAGCAACAGAUAUAGCCACUAGUGUCAGAAAUCUGCCAGAAUUAAAGACGGCUGCAGGAAGAGGCCGAGCUUGGCUUUAUCUUGCUCUUAUGCAAAAGAAACUGGCAGACUAUCUGAAGGUGCUGAUAGACAGUAAACAUCUCUUAAGUGAGUUUUAUGAGCCAGACGCAUUAAUGAUGGAGGAAGAAGGGAUGGUGAUCGUUGGUCUGCUGGUGGGACUCAAUGUUCUUGAUGCCAAUCUCUGCUUAAAAGGAGAAGACUUGGAUUCUCAGGUUGGAGUGAUCGAUUUUUCCCUCUACCUUAAGGAUGUGCAAGAUCUUGAUGGUGGCAAAGAGCACGAGAGAAUUACUGAUGUCCUUGAUCAAAAAAAUUACGUGGAAGAACUUAACCGGCACUUGAGCUGCACAGUUGGGGAUCUUCAAACCAAGAUAGAUGGCUUGGAAAAGACUAAUUCAAAGCUUCAAGAAGAGCUUUCAGCUGCAACAGACCGGAUUUGUUCACUUCAAGAAGAGCAGCAGCAGUUAAGAGAGCAAAAUGAAUUGAUUCGUCAAAGAAGUGAAAAGAGCGUAGAGAUAACAAAACAGGAUACCAAAGUCGAGCUGGAAACUUACAAGCAAACCCGGCAGGGUCUGGAUGAAAUGUACAGCGACGUGUGGAAGCAGCUGAAGGAGGAGAGGAGAGUCCGUGCGGAACUAGAAAAAGAACUGGAGUUACAAGUUGGUAUGAAAACCGAAAUGGAAAUUGCAAUGAAGUUACUAGAAAAGGACACCCACGAGAAGCAGGACACUCUAGUCGCCCUCCGCCAGCAGCUGGAAGAAGUCAAAGCGAUUAAUUUACAGAUGUUUCACAAAGUUCAGAAUGCAGAGAGCAGCUUACAGCAGAAGAGUGAAGCCAUCAUGUCUUUUGAAGAAAAAACCAAUCAAGUAAUGUCUAGCAUGAAACAAAUGGAAGAAAGGUUGCAGCUCGCAGAAAGGGCGAGGCAGCGGGCAGAGGAGCGGAGCCGUACGCUGCAGCAGGAGCUGGGUGCGAGAUCGGGCGCGCUGCAGCAGCAGCUCUGCCGGCUGCAGGAGCAGUGCUCGAGUCUAGAGAAGGAGUUGAAAUCAGAAAAAGAGCAAAGACAAGCUCUUCAGCAAGAAUUACAGCAUGAGAAAGAUACGUCCUCUCUACUGCGAGCGGAGCUUCAACAAGUAGAAGGAUUAGAAAAGGAGCUGCGGGAGCUCCAGGACGAGAAGGCCGAGUUACAGAAGGUUUGUGACGAGCAGGAACAAGCCCUCCAGGAAAUGGGACUGCAUCUCAGCCAGUCAAAGCUGAAGAUGGAAGACAUCAAAGAAGUCAAUAAGGCCCUGAAGGGCCACACUUGGCUGAAAGAUGACGAAGCCACGCACUGUAAGCAGUGUGAAAAGGAGUUCUCCAUUUCCCGGAGAAAGCACCACUGCCGCAACUGUGGCCACAUCUUCUGCAACACAUGCUCCAGUAACGAGCUGGCCCUGCCCUCCUACCCCAGGCCUGUGCGCGUGUGCGACGGCUGCCACACCCUGCUCCUGCAGCGCUGCUCCUCCACGGGCUCCUGAGUGCACCAGCAGAGCCGCCUCUGGACCAGCGGCCGCGCCGUCCUCAGGGUGUGGGCAGCCUUGGAACAGUGCCAAACUCUGUGGGUCUCAGGGGAUGCAAGCGUUUCCCAAGAGAAUCAAAGGAGAGUAAGACCCUCUCCCAGCUGCUGGCACUGCAAAUACAGCGUGCCCGACUGGAAGCUGCGCCACUUUCCUCUCCGAAUUGUACGGAAUGAACUCCUGGGGAUUGACACCCUUCCUUCUCACUGGGCUACUGGUUUCGGUUCAGGUGUAACUUCAGGAUUUUGCUGUCAUUUUUCACUUUUCAAAGAAUUAACCUACUUUGCAGCAGUUGCACUAGUGUAGUGAGUAAUCGGCUCCUGUCUUCCCCCCCAGUGUACCUUCCCUGCUUCAGUCAAGAGAUUUGCCAUUUCACACCCUUGUGAAUAUCUGCCAUUAGCCCUGCAAUAAAAUCAUUUCUUUUUCA